AUGAAUCGUCUUACAAAUGGUGUGAUAGGAUUAGCUUUAAAAAACUCUUGGUUUUUUAGUACAGCUAAAAAGGCUAAAAUGGAAUUGACAGUCAGAACUCCAUACAAAACAAUUCUUGAUAAAUUUGAUGGUUUUUCAAGAAUAGUAGCUAAGACAAAUGAAGUAGUUAAUUUAUAUAAAUUAGGCUGCACUUAUAAUAUAAAAUCGUACUCCUGCUGCAGUGUAUAUAUUACCACCAGGGCCUUUGAAAAUAAAAUUCACUUAAGAUGUAAAAGGAAUAACAGGAGAUUUCUUACAUUUAGGAGGCUAUGUAUUUGUAAAUCCGUAAAUAAUCAUGAUUAUAAAUAAUAGAGAUAAUUCUUGUGAAAUAAAUUUAUUAGAUGUAGUUGAUAGAAAAGAAGCAAAAGUAGAUUAAUUUGAUAAAGCUGAUGUAAAAGAUGCAGAUACAGUUGCAGGAAGAUAUGCAGGUAAAAUAAGAAGAGCUGCAUAACGUACAUUUAUCAAAAAAGCUACAGCAUGAUUUAUAAUACAAAAAUAAUAAUUUAAU